ACCCCUCUGCCACUCUUAGCUGCCCAAGGCACCAGCACAGCUUCUCCCAUCAUGGCAGACUCCUGUUUUUCUGGGCCCUGUGUUCCCACAGCCUCAGCCGCCUCAGUCUGCUCCAGUGAUGUGAGUUGUGGCAGCAACAUCUGCCUGCCCAGUUCUGGCAUGGGCUCCUCCUGGCAGCUGGACGACUGCCCAGAGAGCUGUUGUGAACCUGGCUGCUGUGGGCCCUCCUGCUGCCCUGCCCCAUGCUGCACACCAGCCUCCUGCCUGACCCUGGUGUGCCGCCCAGUCUGCUGUGUGCCUGCCACCUGCCAGCCAGUGUGUGCACCCAGCCCCUGCCAGUCUGUGUGCACCUCCUCCUGCUCCCCAGACUGCUGCCAGCAGUCUUGCUGCCAGCCCAUUGCCUGUGGGGCUUCCUCCUGCCAGCAGUCUUGCUUCCAGCCCAGCUGCUGCAUUGCCCUCCCUGGGUGCUGCAAGCCCAGCUGCUGUAUGACCACAGCCUGUGCUCCAGCCUCCUCCUGCUGCCAGCCCAGCUGCUGCUGCCCUGCCUCCUGUGUGUCCCUCGUCUGUAGGCCAGUGUGCAGACCAGCCACCUGCUGUGUGCCUCUCUCCUGCAAACCCUCCUGCUGCACCACCACCUCCUCCUCCUCCUGCUGCUGUGCACCCUCCUGCUGUCCAGCCACCAGCUGCUGCCGCCCUUCCUCUUGUGUGUCCCUCCUCUGCCAGCCCACCUGCUGCAAGCCUGCCUGCUGCACUGCCACCUCUGGCCAAAAAUCCUGCUGCUGA